UCUCGCUGUCAAAAUGGCUUUGACAGUUUGCGUAGUAUGUUUUAUAAUUAAUAAUAAGUUUCAGUAUUUAUAAAUUUAAUAUCUAAAUAAUUAUGGAUAAUAUGACGUUAAAAGAAAUUCAGAAUAGACUAUUAUUAUGGGAAGCGACAGAAAAUCCUCUGGCGCCAUUAACCUCAUGCCAACGAGAAGCUAUUUUGGAUAUAGAGUCCAUUAUCCUCGGUGUAUCUUCUGAUAUUGAAGAAGAAAAACAAAUUCCUCAAGAAAAUAAUCAAGAUAUAGCCCCAGUUGAGACUGCGUAUGACUUUUUAAACUGGUACGAAACUUUAAAUGAGCAAAAUUUGAAAAGGAAUGAUGCAUUGUAUGAAGACUAUUACAAACAGCUUGAAGACAGGAGGAAUGAGUGUGUUGCUUUGACAAAUCAAAUAACCUCAACCAUGUCUGACCUGAACAAACUGUCUGAUGAAUAUAAUCUUGUUGCAAACAAGACCAAUGCCUUGCAUACGAUGAGCGAACAGCUAUUGGCUGACCAAAAUAAACUUUCUGCAAUAGGUGAUGACAUAAAACAAAAGAUGCAUUACUUUACUCAAGUAGAACAUUUAUCACAACGUCUUAACAGUCCGACAAUGUCAGUCAACAGUGAACAAUUUUUCAGUGUCUUAGGAAAAAUUGAUGAAUGUUUGGAUUACAUGAGAGCAAAUAAUACUUUUAAAGAAGCCCACACAUAUACAGUCAAGUAUCGCCAUCUUCAAAGCCGUGCCAUAUCUCUAAUUCGUAGUUACGUUACCCAUAUUCUGAACCAUGCAACUGAACAAGUUCUAGCUCCGGAUGACUCAAAUGAAAGCGAAACAAUGGACACUGCAUAUGCAGUAUAUUUUGGUAAAUUUCAAGCAGCUGCCCCUAAAUUGAAAAUGGUGAUCAGUGAAAUUGAGAAGAGGGCAGAGAGUAAUGAAGACUACGCGUCUCUGCUGUCGGAUGUGCAGCGCGAGUACGCGGCGCGGCGCGGGCGCGUGGCGGGCGGCGCGGCGGAGCGCGCGCUGCGCGGCGCUGCGGCGCGGCACGCGCGCGACCACUGCGCCCUGCUGCGCGCCGCGUGCUCGCUACUGGCGCUCGCCGUGCGAGACGAGUGCGCGCUCUACGGGCACUUCUUCGCGCAGCCCUCGCCCGCGCUCGAUGAAUACCUCCAGUCUUUGUGCAACGGGCUGUACGAAACCCUCCGUCCUCACAUCAUCCACAUCAACCACUUGGAGACGCUCGCAGAACUCUGCGUCAUUCUCAGGGUCGAAGUGAUCGAGGAACAAGUUAACAACGAUCCAUCGCUGUCGGCGUUGGGUGCAGCGGCGCGCGCGCUGCUGCAGGACGCGCAGGAGCGGCUCGUGUUCCGCGCGCACGUGCACCUGCGCGCCGACGUGCUGCGCUACCGCGCCGCGCCCGGCGACCUCGCCUACCCCGACAAGCUGCUCAUGAUGGAGCAAAUAGCUCUAUCACUCCAAGAACAAAGUCUGAAACGAAGCGAUUCACGAAACUCAAUGAUAUCUGACGUGUCAGCCACAUCUCAAGAAGUAGCUAAUAUUAACGUAGAAGCACAAAGACGACCACAAGCGUCCCCAGCUGAUCUCCACGGCAUGUGGUACCCAGGAGUUCGGAGAACUUUAGCAGCACUAUCUAGACUUUACAGAUGUCUUGAAAAACGUGUCUUCCAAGGUCUUGCCCAAGAAGCUAUUUCUCUAUGUGUCCAAAGCGUGGACAUAGCGGCGAAACAGAUAUCUUCCAACAAAACCAAUAUCGACGGAGAAUUGUUCCAGAUUAAACAUUUGCUGAUCUUAAGAGAGCAAAUAGCUCCAUUCCAAGUUGAUUUCGUGGUGAAAGAAACUACAUUAGAUUUCAGUAAUAUGAAGAAUGCAGCAUAUGGGUUAAUACAAAAGCCUAGACAAAUUUUUUCAUUGAACAGUAAUAAUGCCUUGCUAGAAUUUUUGUUAGAAGGUACGCCAAUGGUUAGAGAACAUCUACUAGAUUCCAGAAAGGAGGUUGAUAGGCAAUUGAAGAGUUGCUGCGAAACUUUUAUAAAGUAUUCCACGGAAAUACUUGCUGGACCGUUAAUUGAAUUUAUUGAAAAGGCACAGGCAUUUACUCCACCUGAUCAACUAAAAUCUCAAUUAUGGGCGACACCAGGAAAAUUGGCUGUUGCUGUGAAAGAGGCCCAAAAAUGCAUUAAAACCCAUUUAGCGCCGUUGCAGAGAUCAAUGCAAUUGUAUUUGGCCAACAAAGAGACGGAAUUUAUUUUAUUUAGACCUAUAAGAAAUAAUGUUGUGGGAUAUUUUGUGCAAUUGGAGCAAAUUCUUGCUAAUUCUGGAUAUACAUAUGAUGACUUGUUAAUAGUUGCCUGCCCAACACCCGAACAAGUAUCUGUGUUUAUUUCAUCUGCAAGUUUGAUUAGUCAUUCAGAACCCGUGUUACCAUAUGGAAAAAAGAAGCCAACAAAUGUCACUCAUAGGCCUAGUCUUACCAGUUUACCAGAAAACACUUCAAAUCCCCACCAACCACAAAAAAAUUUGCCUCCAUCUAACCAAAAUCCUUAAAUAAUUAUUUUAUGAUAAGGAUUUAUUAAAUAAAAAUAAUUUUUUCCAUGAAUACUAAAUAAUAAAAUUA